AUGCCCAAAAUCAUCCAUGCUGCAGUGCUGCAAAAAAAACUGCAUAAUAAUGCCCCAAAACUGUCUUUUGUCUGCUGUCCAGAAUCACUGCUACAAACUCUGCCGUACAGUCCCAAAACUAAGUUGAACAGAGAUGAAGCGAUAUCGGAGAAGAGGCUGUGGCGAAGCUUUGCACGGCCGAAGCUGAUGAAGAAGAACGAAAUUGCGACCGAAGGAGGAAAUCAGAGAGGCGAAUCGCGAACGGAGAUGAUGAUGAGCAACGACAAGAGGCGACAAAGCAUCAACAGCAGAGACGACGAGUUAGGCUUACGGCGCCGCUGUGGAAGUUGA